UUCAGGGUUCUUGUAUCCAAUUUUUCAGAAGAGCAAUUGAAUAGAUAUGAAAUGUACAGAAGAGCUGCAUUUCCAAAAGCUGCAGUUAGACGAUUGAUGCAGUCUAUAACUGGUUGUACAGUACCACAGAAUGUUGUUAUAGCUAUGUCUGGUAUAGCUAAAGUUUUUGUAGGAGAAGUUGUUGAAGAGGCUCUAGAUGUUAUGGAACAAUGGAAUGAGUCUGGUCCACUACAACCUAAACAUAUGAGAGAAUCUGUUAGAAAAUUAAAAUCUAGAGACUUAAUUCCUACUACAAAGUGUAAAAAAGUCAAAUUUAAUAGAUGA